GUUUUUCGGUGAUUUCAGCCAAUUUUUACGAAGCCUCUUUAGAGCUUCGAGAAAAAGGUGAAAAAAUGCUAGUGUGAUGGCUUGAAUCGCCUUGAGAGUGUUAUGAAUACAAACUAGAUAAUUGGUGGCAACUAGUGAUAACAAUGACGCAAUUCGUAAUACCCAGAAAAUGCCCAGAAGACGAAGUCCAGUGGAGACGGUGCGUGUGAAGUGUGACAAUUCCGGACAGGGGGAAAAAUUGCUCAAUCCUGCGAGGAUCAAAAGCGCGCUGAGGACUUAUCAGCUGAAUGAGGAGUCCUUCUCGGGGUGUCUUUGAUGGCAAUCGUAGAGACUCUCGCUGGCCGAUGGGUGCGGCGAUACAGAGUCUUCUUCCUUCUGGGGCUGCUCAUCAUCUCCUUGCAGGUCUUCCUGGCCUACAAGUCCCUCAAGUUGCCUCUGCUCGGCAGUCACACGAUAGAUGAUGACCUGCACCAUCACCACAUAUCAGCGGCAGAGAAGGAGGCGCACGUUGAGCAGCCCAAAGGGAAGCUGGCGAGUCAAAACCACGUCAUCGUGGAUGACGAGGAUGGCCACAACAGCAACUCCAAUCGGAAUCCCCGGGAAUCCAGCUUGCAUGACAGGAAAACAGCCCAGAAGCUUCACUUGGAGGAUCUGCCCUUCAGCCCACCGUGCUCCAUUCACGCCCGCGAAGCCAUCUCGGCCAUCAAUCGCGCCAAGACGCAGGAAUGCAAGCAACAUAUCGCCAACAUCAGUUGUGCCAUUCAAUCCGGUCAGCUGUACAGCUCCUGGCUGCCCAGCACCUGCCCGAGAGGCCACCAUCUGCCCAAUCGCGCCCUCGGCUGCUACAGAGACGAGAAGAAGUUCCGCAUCCUGUCCGGCUACUAUACAAACUUCAAGGGCAGCAAUUCCCCGUCGCACUGCAUCAAGAUGUGCCUGCAAUCAGGCUUCGUCUACGCCGGAGUACAAUACUCCACAGAGUGCUUCUGUGGCAACGAUGAGCCGCCGGCCAAUGCCAAGCUUCCCGAUCCCAGCUGCAACAUGAAGUGUCCCGGAGAUGCCAAGGAAGCGUGUGGCGGCUACUUUGCCGUCAACAUCUACGAGACGGGCAUCCGGAAGUUCGCAGCACAAGUGGCGGAGUUGAUACCAAAGAGCGGAAAGCCACGGGUCCGGAUUGCCUUCCUUCUCACCCUGAACGGUCGGGCGCUGAGGCAAGUUCAUCGACUUCUGAAAGCGCUCUACUCGCCCCAGAAUUACUUCUACAUCCACGUCGAUUCGCGUCAGGACUAUCUUUUCCGCAACCUAGUGCGCCUGGAGUCAAAAUAUCCCAACAUUCGGCUCACGCGACAGCGCUUCUCCACCAUUUGGGGCGGAGCGUCGCUCUUGCAGAUGUUGCUGACGUCCAUGCGAGAGCUUUUGGCCUCUUCCUGGUCCUGGGAUUAUGUGAUUAAUCUCAGCGAGAGCGAUUUUCCCGUGAAGAGUAUGGAGAAACUGACGGACUUCCUCACGGCGAAUCACGGAAUGAAUUUUGUGAAGUCCCACGGGCGAGAGGUGCAGCGAUUCAUCCAGAAGCAAGGCCUGGACAAGACAUUUGUGGAGUGUGACACGCACAUGUGGCGCGUUGGCGAUCGAGAAUUGCCGCACGGUGUGCAAAUCGACGGUGGAAGUGACUGGAUUGCGCUCAAUCGGGAGUUUGUGGGCUAUGUGACGAAGGAGGAUGUCGAGGAUGACUUGCUGACGGGCCUGCUGACAAUUUUCAGGCACACACUCCUGCCGGCAGAGUCGUUCUUCCACACUGUACUGCGGAACUCGCAGUUUUGCCACACGUACAUCGACAACAAUCUUCACGUGACGAACUGGAAGCGUCGCUUGGGGUGCAAGUGUCAGUACAAGCACGUUGUGGACUGGUGCGGAUGCAGUCCCAAUGACUUCAAACCCGACGACUGGCCGAGACUGCAAGCGACAGAGGCGAAGCAGCUGUUCUUCGCGAGGAAGUUCGAGCCCAUCGUCAAUCAGGCUGUCAUUUUGCAGCUCGAGGAGUGGCUCUUUGGCCCCUAUCCUGCCGACACUCCCAGUCUGAAUCGCUACUGGCAGAGCGUCUAUCACUACCUGGAUCGCAGUCCUCCGCCGGAUGAUGUUCUGCUCACAGUGGCGGCGAGUUUGGCGCGCAUCAAUGCGAAGACGCAGUCAGAAGAGACUCUGCAGUCGGGAAAGAUCGUCGAGGUGAUGAAUUUCAUGGAGGACGAUGAAUUCAAAGGCUUUAUUGUGCAGCAUGAGAUCUCUUGGUCGGCUGACGAGACGGAAUCCAGCCUCAUGGAGAUUCUGGUGAAGCCCACACAAAUGGUUCAGACCGCCAAUCGACGCUUCAGGAGACUCGAAGUGAGUUCAGAUUACGACCAGAAGGAGCAAAUUGGACGCAAUUAUCCGCGCGCUCUCGGCCCACAAUCAGAGCCUGUGCUGAUCUUUCGCUUGGCAGCUUCAGAUAACCACACUGCCCUGGUAAAUCUCACGGCAAUCUGGUUGGAUCCGACUGGAAACCUCGCCGACACUUCUGAGCUUCAUAUCGAAGACGCCAGUGGAGCGUCAGUGAAUUUCGUAAAGGGAAACUUGCGGAAGCCCUUAUUGCCCGGGGUUUGGACAGUGAAACUGAUCCUGAAGAAGACCACGGUGGCAAUUUGUCGCUUCCUGAUCGUCCCAAUGCAAUUUCACGACGGCGAAGAGGUCGCAGUUGAAGAUGCGCGAAGGAUAAACAGAGGAACAAUCAGUGAAUCCCUUCAUGUGUCCAGUGAAUGGAUUUCUCAUGUACAGAGUGCAGCAGAGAGAGCUCCUCUUGAGCUGAAAGCAAGGGAGAACGCUGAGAAAACAGGACGCGAAUUGGCUCAGUGGAUAGACAAUCUUGUGAGUCAAUUCUUCAUCCUUCGCGAGAUGUGCUCGCGCCACGCAAUCCCCCAGCUUAGCUACGUGGAGAAGUGCGAAGACACGGCCUGGAGUUCAGCGGCUCCCGAUCCAAAGAGUGAUGACAAUUUGCAGAGCAACGUGAAAGCGUAGACAAGAGCAAAGAGAGGCAAAUUUGUGAUAUUUUAGCGAUUUCUGGGGACUUUUAGCCCAACUUUUCAGGAGCUUCGCUGUCUUUUUUCCUCCUUUCAAAAGAAAAACAAACACACACACCUCAAAUAUCAGAGUGAAGACGAAUAUUAAAGAAUAUCUCACUGUUUUUCCCUUUCACAAUUUUUAAUGGAGACAAAUAUCUUUCUCAGAUAUUGCAGUGCCAUAUUUAAUGAAUAAGUCACGCAAUAUAGUGUUAAAUAAGGAGCGAGAGAUCACAUUUCACCCUUCAGGAAGUGUGCAUCGAUCAAUUGUAAAAUCAUAUUGAGAUUUUUCCGUGUAAAGUGUAUCAAAUAACUAGUAUGAAAUCCUUAAAUAUAUUUUUUUCUAUCAAAAA